AUGCUGCUAAACAACCGGAAUGAGCCGUCGUCUUCUGAUGAGGUUGACCUUCGAAUCGCUUCUUCAUGCGCUUACACACGAAAUGAAUGUGAAGCAAAGUGGUAUUAUUCAGAUGGUCCGCCAACUCUUGUUGAGCUUACUUCCAUUUCGAGUGGAAGUGUUAAGCGAAAAAGACGACGGCAGAUUCCUCGUGACCAGCCGGCGAUUAGCUUUACUGGAACAUUCAUGCUGACGCUGUUUCCGAGGCAACCUACUUCGAUUCCGGUGAAAAGAUGCUAA